CUGACAAAGAGAAAUGCAUUAGGUAUUCUCCAAGCACAUGGAUAUGGAUGAGUAACUAUUACAGAUGGAUUUUGGGCUGUCACAAUGGCAUUUGUGUCUCAACACCUGGAGAGCCGCAGGUUGCAGAUUACUGACUGUUAACCAUCAUGUUAAUGAGAGCUAAACAAAUAGUUGUUCCUAUCGCCUCCCUUCUGCUCUUGGUUGGUUGUAAAACGAAAAGUUUCUCGCACUUUACUGACAUCUCAGAAAUCACGAGUUGCUGUGGCUGAGGGAGAUGUAGACAGGGAGGACUCAGCUCACAGUCAACACUCUGUGAGGAUGCGCUGAACCAGGGACUGUCCUAUGCUCAUUCAUCAAACAUCUCAGCAUGGAGGGGCUCUCCUGGGCAGUAGCGAAACUUGUGACUCUAGCAGUAGCCUUCUUCUCCCCCACACUGGCAGUGGUGGAUACUGAUGACGUACUCACCAGAGAUGAACAGAUAUUCCUGUUGUCACAAGCAAUGCGUCGCUGUCAGACUGAGAUCAUAGCUCACAAGUCCAAAUUGAAACAGCAGCCUUCAAAUGGAUCCAUUUGCCCUCCACAGUGGGAUGGGAUAGUAUGCUGGCCACAGGGAUCACACAACCAGUUAGUAUCUGUUCCAUGUCCAGAAUACAUCUACGAUUUUAAUCACCAAGGAUUUGCUCAUCGGAGAUGUGGAUCUUUGAGCAUGUGGCUUCAAGUGCCAGGUGCCAACAGGACCUGGGCCAAUUACAGUGAAUGUGUCACCUUUGUGAGCCCAAGUGAAAGAGUCCAGAAGAAGGAGGUUUUCAAACGGCUGUGGCUCAUUUACACUGUAGGAUACUCAAUUUCUUUGGCAACGCUCCUUAUUGCUCUCUGCAUCCUAUGUUACUUCAAGCGGCUACACUGUACACGAAAUUACAUCCAUAUUCACCUCUUCACAUCCUUCAUUUGCCGAGCGGGAAGCAUAUUUCUUAAAGAUGCUGUACUGUAUUCAAGAGAGGAUGAAGGAAUACCAGGCGAUGAAGCGGGAGAGAUUGCUACUUCAAGAGUAACAGAGUUCCAAUGGGCUGGAUGUAAAGUGGUGGUCACCUUGUUCCUUUAUUUCCUGGCCACUAAUCACUACUGGAUUCUGGUAGAAGGCCUUUAUCUGCACAGUCUCAUCUUCAUGGCAUAUCUGUCUGAUCGUAGCUACUUCUGGGCACUGACCAUCAUUGGUUGGGGACUUCCAGCAGUGUUUGUAUCUGUGUGGGCAAGUGUACGGGUUUCUCUAGCAGAUACACAGUGCUGGGACCUCAGUGCUGGUCAUAUGAAGUGGAUAUACCAGACACCAAUUCUGGCAGCCACACUGGUCAAUUUCAUCUUGUUUCUGAACAUCGUGAGAGUUCUGGCCUCUAAACUGUGGGAAACCAACACAGGAAAACUAGACCCCCGACAGCAAUAUGGGAAGCUCCUUAAGUCAACGUUAGUCCUGAUGCCCCUGUUUGGCGUGCAUUAUGUUGUCUUCAUGGCAAUUCCAUACACAGAGAUGACUGGGCUGCUGUGGCAAAUACAAAUGCAUUAUGAGAUGUUUUUCAACUCCUCUCAGGGAUUCUUUGUGGCGAUCAUCUACUGUUUCUGCAAUGGGGAGGUACAAGCAGAAGUGCGGAAGUUCUGGCUUCGACGGAGCUUAUCUCAUGAUCUGAAACAGAAAUCUCGUAUGACCAGUACCGGUGGUAGCUGUCACUAUGGAGGGGUUUUGUCCCAUACCACAAACAGCGUCUGUUUAAGUAUGGUAGCCAGGAGCAAGCAUCUGACAGCACCAGUGCAGUCUACUUCCUACCUCCCAGGAUACUUCUCAAGUAUCUCACCCUCGGAUAGCAACGUACUGCAAGGGGGAACUGAACAGACUUGUGGACUCUCAUUGAUACACACCCAAUAAUCUCAUUGUGGCUAUAACAAGUAAAAGCGAUCUUUUCUUUAGCACUUAUAGUUUCAUCUCAAAGCUGAUCUUGUAGGAAGCAAGGAGAACUUAUCAAUCCUAUUAUGCUGGAUGAGGCUUCUGGCAUAUCUCAAAUUCCGUCUUUAAGGUCUGC